AUGACCUCCUACAUGAAACCAACUCUUGGACCCAAUCGAGUGUUUUUAUCAGUGUGGGCUGCUCUGUUGAGGGUUAUCAUGACUGGAUCUGCUCUGGUUUCAUUUCUCCUGGCGCUGGCCUGUGUUCUUCUGCCGCUGUGUGCUGCUCAAGGCAGCUGUGUGGGCAGAUGUGGCGAGCCGUUCACCCGCGGACAGGUCUGUAGCUGUGACUACAAUUGUUUUGUCCACGGCGAGUGCUGCAAGGAUUUUGACAACGUCUGCACUGUUGGUGACUCCUGCAGGGGUCGCUGUGGUGAGGCGUUCCGGCGCGGGAGACAGUGUGAGUGUGAUUCAGACUGCGUGCUCCACGACUCCUGCUGCCCAGACUACAGCAUGCAGUGCGAUGCUCUCUCCCAGUUGCAAGCUGCAAGAAGCUCAAAACUAAACAAGCCAACAGAUUAUACUGAGAAGUGUAUGGCAGCAUGUCUCGCAGCACAGCAAAACCCAGACCUCAUGAGAGAUGGUAGCAGACUGAAUAACUUUAUGGCUCCAUCUGAUGCUGCAUUACUUCUUGCUGGUGGCCCUCUGCCCCAAGACAUCUACGCUCCUCUGACACCCUCUGACAUACCCGGCAUCGGUUCCAACCCUUCUGGGUUCCCUCUACCAGGAUCCGGCCCUGCUCCUGCAGCGGGACCUUCCUCUGACAAUCCCCUCACCAUCCCUGUGCAGGUCUCCCUCUCCGUCAGCGGACAAAGUGAGGGGCCGUCUGCUGCACACAGACCCAGCACUCUUGCAGACAUCGCCCAGGCCUUGGCAGCCAGCAGCCCUGCAGCACCAGAUGCCAACUCGAACCCUGAUCUCUGCAGUGGCCUUGCCAUUGAUGGAAUGGCAACUCUCUCCAACAACUCCAUCAUAGUUUUCAGAGGUCACUUUUUUUGGCUGCUGAACCCCAAGACCAGAAGAGCCGGUCCUGCUCGUAGAAUCACUGAAGAACUGGGCAUCCCGUCUCCCAUCGACACGGCCUUCACACGCUGCAACUGCCAGGGCAAGACCUACAUCAUCAAGGGUGACAACUACUGGAGUUUGGAGAACGGUGUUGUGGAACCUGGAUAUCCCAGAUCUGUGUCCCAGGACUUUGGUGGGCUCACCGGUGAGAUCACAGCUGCUCUGCCAAUCCCAGCCACCAGAAAGAGACCCGAGUCUGUGUACUUCUUCAAGAAAGGAGGCAGAGCUCAGAAAUUAACUUUUCCUCCUGGAAGUGCACCAACUUGCAGUGGAAGGAGAUCCAAAAAUUCAGACAAAGUUCCAAAAAAUGGCAAAGCAGGGAUCCAGUUGUCAGGGGAGAUCAACAUCAACCUCAAAAUGAAGGGCUUCCCCACCCCUGUGACAUCAGCCUUGGCCAUGCCCAACCCAAGGAAGUCAGAUGGUUUCGAUUACUUUGUUUUCUCUUGGCCUAAAGUCCUAAACAUCAAGGUUAGCGGUGAUCUGCCCGCUCUGACGGCCCCUGUCAGCCAUUCCUCCCAGCAGAAUGACAUCAGCAAGUGGCUCAACUGUGCAUGAAACAAACACCACCAGCAGCUGCAUGGCGAGAAAGAUUCUCCAUUUAUUAGCAAAACCAUUGAACAUAGCGUCAGUAUGAUUACUCACAAAAUAUCAAAUAAAUCUAACCCGUGUUUUAAAGCACAUUGAAACGAAACAU